GAUCGUUCUCUGCGUGCCUUGUCUUCCCUCGUGCAAGCUGUCACACUCCUAGAUUUCUACCAACUUUACAGCUUAUCAAGCAGCAAAUAUUUGGCAGCACCAACUUGCUGCACCGCAGCACAACGAUCAUCAUGUCACCCCGGCUUUUUCCUGCGAAUCCUUCGGAGGUCAUGGUGAUCCGCAAUGUGACAUCUAAUGUUGUCACCAUGAGUUUGCCAUUUGCGCGUUUCGGUCGGCUCAAGUUCGGUGGGCGUGGUACACUGGUCAAGAUGGAAACGGGCUCUCUCGCGGUCUUUUCGCCCGUAAACCUAACCCAAGAAGUACGCGACACGAUCACUGGACUGGGUGGCAGCGUCAAAUACAUCGCGGCUUUGGACCUGGAACACCACAUCCACUUGACCACCUGGAAAGAGGCAUUCCCUGAUGCUGCAAUCAUCGCUCCCGAAGGACUUUGGGAAAAGCGCCAGUCCAAUCCCAAAACUAAAGAUGCCGCACCAUUCGAACACGUCUUCCGAAAGGACGCCAAGGGACAGCAGAAGGUCUCGGAGGAAUUUGACGCAGAAUUUGAGACAGAAUAUGUGCAUGGUCAUCCGUCGCGCGAGCUGGUCUUUUACCAUCGGCCCUCUCGCACGCUCAUUGAGGCUGAUCUCAUGUUCAACCUGCCUGCGAGGGAGCAGUACUCCAAGACCAAGGAGAGUGCCACAUCUGGGGUCUUUACUAAGAUGGUCUCUCCUUUGAUGACUGCAAGUUCCCCUGCGACUUGGCAGAAGAGGUUUGUGUGGUAUGUUCUGUCUAGUGGAGACCGCCAGGCAUUUGCAGAGUCUAUACGUCGAAUUGACAAGUGGGAUUUCAAUCGCUUGAUUCCCUGCCACGGGGAUGUGAUCGAGAGCGGUGCGAAGGGAGCUUUCCGCACGGUCAUGGAGUGGUUUCUAGCCGAUCGGAAGCAUGUCUAGGACGGUGGAUGGCCACUAUUCUUCUUUAAUAAUUUUUUGCCUCCUGGAUUCCCUUACCUGACAGUCUUGUUCUUCACUUCCAGUGCGCAGGAGUUGAGCCAUCCUCGAGACGACAGCAUGGUGUUUCCGACCACUAUGCUUUGAUGUACUAAUAGCAUGAUACGAAUCGUUAAUGAGAAUCAGCUGCGCUAUGUCUCUCAUGAAUACCAGAUAUUAUGUGUCUUCA